UAUUGAAUAUUGCAAGACGAAAUGUGAGAUUAAACUAAACUACAUUUUGAUAUUAUGCACAUUAUAAAACGCCGUAUUUUAUCCGGCACUGGAAACAGAUAGCUCAAAGAAUGACCCAUACACGAUCGAACGAAAAUCAAUGUAUGCUCUCUGACUCUCUCAUAUAUAUAUAUUUAUUGGGAUGUCAAAAGUUAAUAGAGUGAAUCACCAAAUCAUCACCUUUGAGAACGGUAAAUUAGACCAUAAAAUACAGUUAAUAGAUACACAUUUUACGCAGUUUUCAUUACGGUAUUUAAUACAAACUAUUAUUAUUUGCCAAUUAUUUUAAAUCCCUUACCAAUGGCAAUGACUGCAAGGAACAUAUUUCCCAAAAAUUCAUACUUUUUAAAAUAAAUCUACUAGCGAUAAAUAAGACGAUGUUUUGCCUUGGAAUGAUAAUGCGUUGAAACGGAAGUUAGCUUACUGAUGACGAAGAAUCACAUUACGAUUUAAUGUUAAAAAUCAUUACGCACAGUGAAUCAUAACACUUGCAUAAUGUUUACUUGCUUGGAAGCUAUAUAUAUCACGUUAUAAAGAACAAGUUCUUAGCGAACCAAUAAUCAAAAUGUUUUGGUUAAAUUUUUUUAUUUGUAUCAUCAUGCUAUGCCUGAUUUCAAAACAACAAAGUCGUGCUUGUAAAAACAGAUGUGCCUGCAAAUGUGCAGCUGAGGUAUCGGACUGUUCAAAUAUGGGGCUCACUACAAUACCGGAAUCAAUAGAAUCAGAAACUAAGGAAAUUAAUUUGAGUGGAAACAGGCUCGACCAGGUCACGGAGAAAACGAUAAGCUCGAUGAUUUUCGAUACUACAAGCAUAGAAAUAAUAGAUCUCAGCAACAACAGUCUUAAAGAAAUUCCAAAAAGUGCUUUCAAAAUGACAACAUCCUUGCGACAACUUAUUUUAGACGACAAUAAAAUAUAUUUGUUUCCAGAAGAAGCGUUAUCGAAAUUUAACAACACAUUAGAAAGAUUAAGCAUCAGAAACAACAAUUUGAAUAGUAUGGAUUUUAUCCAGCGAUUUUCCGCAUUGAAACGUGUUGAUUUAACUGGAAAUUGUCUUGGAACAUUUAAUAACAUUAAAAAUGUAAAUCUACUCGAAUUCAAAAUCGGUAAACAAAAUUCCGGAUGUCCUCUCACUUUUCCCGAUUUUAGCUUAUCAAACAUGAAAUCACUUAUAAAUUUCGAAAUGGCCGGAAACACAGAUGGUAAUACCCUAAUCUCUGCAUCUUUUCUGAGCAAGCUCCCGACAAAUUUGACACGACUUAGCGUUAGCUACGUGUCUGGUGCAAAUAUAUUGUUGACAAACACAAUGAUCGAAGAGUUGUACUUGGUGAAUGUAUACAAUUCCGAACUCAUCGACAUUUCUAGCUUAUGCAAUACAGGCUUGAAAGUUUAUAUGAAAAACGCAAUAAUGAAAUUUGAAGAAUUCAACAAGUUUCCGGAGUCAUGCAGAUGUCAACAGAUGUACAUUGAAAAUUCUUCAGUGAUAUUUGAGACAACGUGGGAAAAAUUACAUAAAUUAACGAAUUUGAGCCUAAUAGAUUGCGAUUUGUCUUCGUUGCCAACAAAUUCUAGGUACAAAGGUAUUAAUGUGAUAACCUCCCUCAUGUUUUUGAACUUGUCGAAAAACAGAAUAUAUGAGUGGUCUGAUUCUUUUUUCACGUCUCUCCAAUCUCUACAAACCUUGGAUAUGCGAUCAAAUCAAAUCCUACAUUUCAAUGGAACAUCGCUUGGAAACGUCACUUCCUUGGUAGAACUAUACCUCGCACAUAACAAGAUUUCAUCACUGAAUGGGAACCUGAAUCUAGAACAACUCCAAUAUUUGAGUCUUGCGUGGAAUAAUAUAACGUACAUUCCGAAAGAUUUCUUUCAAUUUUGUCGCUCUCUGGGACUAGUUGAUUUCACUCAUAACAAACUGAGGAGCGUGGGUAUGUUUUCUACCAUUCAAGUUGAACAGUUGGUCAUAUUAGCAGAUCAUAAUCAAUGGAAUUGUGGCAACAAUAUGAAAACACACUAUCAACAAAUUUUGGAACACAAACACGUCGAUUUAGAGUGUGCCUACCAUUACUAUCAAACAAAUGUAACAAUUCUAAAAAAUUUGACGAAGGCAGAUUACGGAAAAAAGUUCUAUAAUGACUCAACUCUAUGCUUUAUUUGCGAUACGCCAAAAAUAUACGCUGGGAUGACUGCUGAGCAAGUAGUUGCUUUUGACAUUGCCUCAGCAAAUACUUCAUCGGUUCCCAGCACAAGUACUAACUUCACGGCCUCAAGUACACUCGCCACAAACGCCGAGUCAACAAUACCAUCGGAAUAUGAACUGAUCAUGUAUUAUGUAUAUAUUGGAGCAGGAGUCGGUGGAUUUAUGUUAAUCACUAUUUUAAUAAUUACUCUUAUUUGUUGGUGCAAAAUAAGACGAACCAAAGAUAAGUCGAGAAACAACAUAAGUGCAUCAGAUAAUCUGGACCGGCCUAAAGAAUUUUCAGAUCCAGUUGGAAACUACUUAGAUCACACAUAUGCAUCAGUAGUCAGUCGUAAAAGAAAUGAGAGCGACACACCCCUUCCCCCGCCAGUUAAUUCGUCCGUUUUCGCGAGAUUGAAAGCAUCCAUGUUUAGGCGAAACAUUGCAAGCAGAGAACGCCCCGAAGGUCCCUAUGAAGUUCCUAUUGGGCCAGAACCUGAUUUCCAACAAUCGACGAGAAAUCCCACACAUGACGAAGGAUACAUGUCGUUCAACGAACACACAAACGCAUCAGAAAUAAACAACUCAGGGUCAGAAAUUGAUGAGAGUGGAAACAUCCGUAGGAGUACACCAUUGACAAGUAGCCUUUAUCUUAUUCCGAUAAAGUCGUCAAGAGUUUCAACUGGUAUGAGUGUAAUGUUGGAAGAAGAAAAUAGUUACGAGAAUAUUUAAGUGUAGAGCCGGAGAAAAGCUCGUUGAAUUCAAAUAUAUGCUUGAUUAUUCAAGAAGAUUAUUCGUCAAUACUGAAUCGCACCACGGUUGGGUUUUUCUACGUCGAAGCAACCAAGGAGUACAUCUGAUCCGUGACUACAAUAUAAUCAUCCAUAUAUCUAUCCAGAUAUUGGAAUAAUACAUUUAAAAAUAAUAAUUUAUUGAAAAUAUUCGAUAUAGUCUACUCUGAAAUUUCUAUACUAUUUCUAUAUUGGUCGCGGAUAUAAUAUUUCUAUAUUUUGAUAUACUCUGAAAUUUUUAUACUAUUUCUAUACUCCUAUUUCUGUAAUAUUUGACGACGAAAAACAGCUAUGGUCGAUUUUUGAAUCCAUUUAUUGUGCGUUCCAACACAGUUAAUAUUUUGUUGGUGUUAUAGGCCAGGAUUAAGAUAAAUGUAAUCACAAAAAUCAAAUCUUUGUUUCUAUUGCCAUUCUUUGUCGAAAGAAACAAAAAAUUAGUCAGUAAAGUUUCAUCCUAUUUGAUCGAAUAUUUCAUCAGUACAAAAUACUAAUACGCCGCGCCCUUGCGUGGACUAGUUCUGUCAUGCUUUGCUCAUUUCAAACUCCCUGACAUAUGAUCGCGUGUAGUAAGCAUUGGUGUACGUACCCCUGUUCCUUACAGGGGUUCAUGUAAUCCCUGAUAGGCAACGGCAUCAUCUGCCACCUCAGACCAUACACCUAGAACAAAUAACUAGAUAGCAACACCGCCACGGACUGAUAUCCGGCACGUGAAUAAUACCCGUUAAAAUGGAUUCCAUACUUCUCGCCAAACCUAUAUUUCGAAUUAAAAACGAAUAUAAAAUAUGCUUUGCUCGAAAUUCACCAAGGGACUCUUUCCCAUGGGCGAAGCCAUCGUUGCGUUCAAUUUACAUAUAUUAUGGCUCCGCUGUUAUCUUAAACUCUAAAAAGGUUCUGUCUAGAAAACCAUUCCAUAAAUAAAUCUUUGAAUCAGUCCUCUCCUAAGAAGUUGUACUAAUGAACUGACAUAAACUCAACGUGAAACAUGCAUUUUGUGAAAUAAGAUUUUUUUAAAUGCUCAAGUAUCAAUUAAAUGAGGUCACGAAAGCGGAAGUGUGUUUGAUUGCGAUUCAUUUUUUACUAGUGCCGAUGCUUAAUCUAAAUUUGCACUUUGUUGCUGGACCGCGCUGAUUUCUAAGUCAUCACAAGUAGUCAUUAUUUAUAAUAAAGCAUUUCAUUUUAACUUCGAUU